GUCUUUCCCAGGCAUAUCCGUGUUGCAGAUGAGCAGAGAGUGGCGGAAGUCUGGGAUCUGUUGCCUGGAGAUGAGAGGUAUCUGUCACAGAAGAGUGGAUCAGGACUUGUGAAUUGCAUGCGUCCUCUCUGUGACACCCCAGGCUAGUGCUGUCUGAGAGAGGCUGUAAGACAUGUUUGUUGUGGGUCUGAGUUGCAGCACCCAGAUUGACAAGUCACUGGAGGGAUUACGCCGUGUGCUGUAAGCCGUCUAUCUACAUGGCAAUAAGGAGUUUUUUUUCACCCAGACUGACUUAAAGCCCUACUAGCUAACUGAUCAUAUGAUACCCCUUGAGAAAGCUUGAAAGGAUGGAGCGCCAGCCCAGCAGCCUGACAGGAAAUGAGAAAUGAGCACCCAAACAGGAAGUGUGGCCAAGCAUUGUCCCGGAUGUCGGUUAUGUGACGGCAGCACCGGAAGCUGUAACCAACCACAGGAGUCUACCAUGACAGCAUCAUUGUGACCUAAUUCCGAGAUGGAUAACCUGCCCUGCACAGAGUAAUGAGACUGAACUAAGCUGAACCGUAUCUCUCUGCUUAGGACUGAGUGAAGAGAGAGGUUAUGGAGGAGGCUAUGGUGUGCUCUCCUCUCCCAGACCUCAAGGAGCCAGACAGCCAGACAUGGACCUCCAUGGAGCUCCUACCACCGAGCAGGCCCCUAGAGGAGGCUAUUCGGUGGGGAGAGAUGGAGAAGCAGGUGAACGAGGCAGACAGGGAGAAAGAGGACAACUCUCCUGAAACUGGAAGGAUCUCUGAGGAGCCAGAGGAGCACUGGGACUCCAUGACUUUACCUGUGUACCCCAUGACCUGUCCCAGUGUCCUUCUGUCCUUUGCCACAGUGCAGUGGGACAUGCCUGACCUUUCCCCUGACAUACCCUUCCUCAUGACUGACAACAGCUUGGCCGAUGAGCUGGAUUCCAGUGGAGCAGCCAGUCUGGACUGGACUGUGAACCCGCUGUCCUUCCUCCACCACCACCAGCAGCAGCAGCAUCAAUCCUGUGUGACAGUGAUAAACAUAGACCUGUCUGUCCAGGAGAAGACAGAGAAGCUCAAUAGACCGGAACAGCAGUUGCCGCUGGACAGUGAAAACUCCCAUCCGGCAUGUGAUACACCGAGCCCAGAUGUGGAGGCUUCAGCACAACAGCUAUUUGAGGAACAUGACUCUCUUUCAGAAAGCUCUACACGGCAGGAGACAGAGAAAGGGAUGGGACAGCCUGUGACAGAAGAUACUAUCCCACCCUCUGACAGAGCUCCUAGCAUUGUACAGACAGGAGAGUCAGAGACUGGGCUGGAUAGUAAGAGUCUAGACACUGUACUGGGAGAGGAACAGGAACAGACUAGCAGAGUGCUAACAAUACUGAUCAAUUCAGAGCAAGGAUCAAGCUCUACGAACUAUGAGAAGGAACAGGCUGUAACUAAUUUAGCUUAUAAUGGAGACGUGCAGAGAAGUGACGGGCAGACAGAACAGACCGAGCAGUCAGAGGGGAGGGAACAGUCAGAUAGUGAGGGGGAAUCAGAGACUAUAGAACUCUUAGGGCACCUGUUUGAGCCAGCUGAACUGAAAGAACAGUCAGAACUCACAGAGAAGUCUGAACACAGUGGGCAGUCCGAGCCUAACCACACAAAACAGAGUGAAUACAAAGACAACACCGAGACAACAGAGCAGCCAGAAGAGUCUGAGCAACUUGUAGAGUCCAACCAGGUAGAGCAUUCAAAUCAGUUAGGGGAGGAAGAACAGCAAACUGAAGAGACCCAUUUACAACAUGCAGAACAGACAGACGAGAUAGACCAGUCAGAACAAUCAAAAGAAUCAGAGCAGAUGGAUCAGUCAGAGCAGACAGAAUGUUUAGAAUCAAAACAAUUGCAACAGACACAACAUUCUCAACAAACAAUGUACUCAGAGCAGACAGAAUUUUCAGUGCAGAUGGAACCACAGACAGAAACAUCACGGCAGAUGGAACACUCAGAAGAUUCUGAGCAGUCAAAACAAUCAGGGGAGACAGAACAGACGGAACAGUCAAGGGAUUCUGACCAGUCAAAACAAUCAGAGCAGACGGAACAGUCAGAGCAGACGGAACAGUCAGAUCAGACAGAUAACAAACCAGUACAUUCAAAGCAGUUAGAUCUAUGUUUCCAUUGCACAGAGGAACUUGAACAGUCAGACCAUACAGAAGAGCAGAAACAGUCAGAGAUUGAACAGCCAGCGCAGACUGAACUGACUGAGUUGACAGAAGAGGAUGCGCAGACAGAGCAUUUCAAGCAGGUAGAAGAAUUGGAACCAAAAGAGUAUAAAGAGGAUUCAUGUUUGCCGCCCAGGGAAGGAAGUUUAGAGCAACUGGAGUCUCAGGUACAGCAAACAGAGGCCUCAGAACCAGUGGUGGUCCAUAUGAAUGGUGGAGUUUUGGACAGGGAGAAGGCCUGCAGGCUGGCUGAAAGACUCUACAGGCUGGAUGGGAUCCACAAGACAGAUGUGGUCAAACACCUGGACAAAGACAAUGGCUUUAGCCAAGCUGUUGGGCAGGAGUACCUCAAGUUCUUUGACUUCACCGGUCAGAGUCUGGACCAAGGCCUGAGGUCUUUCCUGAGGGUGGUGGUGCUGAUCGGUGAGACCCAGGAGAGAGAGCGAGUACUGCAGCAUUUCUCCUGUCGCUUCCAGCAGUGCAACCCUCACACCUUCUCUUCAGGAGAAGUACUCACACUCACCUGUGCUGUGAUGCUUCUGAACUCUGAUCUGCAUGGACAGAAUGUGGGUAAAGCCAUGUCUGUGUCCAGCUUCGUGUCCAACCUGGAUGGGAUGAAUGAGGGUGAGAACUUCAGCAAGGAGCUGUUAAAGGCUCUCUACAACACCAUUAAGAACGAGCCUCUGGAAUGGGCAGUUGAUGAGAAGGAACUGAAGAGCUCCAUGCUGUUGGUGGAGGACGCUAAAGAGGACGCACCCUUGCGCUCCAAGAGCAACCCGUUCCAAGAUGUGCCUCAUGACAAGAAGGCCACAGUGUUCAAACAGGGCUUUCUCAAACGCAAGGCCCACGCUGACAUCGAUGGCAAACGCACUCCUUGGGGGAAGAGAAGCUGGAAGACCUUCUAUGGAGUGCUGAAGGGAAUGGUCCUCUACUUACAGAAGGAUGAGUAUAAGAUGGAGUGGCAGAGUACAGAGGAGGUGGUCAGUGUGCACCAUGCCCUGGCAGAGCAGGCAGCAGACUACACCAAGAGACCACAUGUAUUCCGUCUGCAGACUGCCGACUGGAGGAUCUUCCUCUUCCAGGCCUCCUCCACAGCAGAGAUGAGUUCAUGGAUCAGCCGUAUUAACCUGGUGUCAGCCCUGCACUCUUCUCCUCCCUUCCCUGCUGCCGUGGGCUCUCAGAGGAGGUUCUGCAGACCCAUCCUGCCUGCCUCCCAGUCUGCUCACACACUGGAGAGACAGCUGCAGUCCUAUGCUCGCAUGCUGCUGUCCUUCCAGGAGGACCUGGCCUACCUGGAGCAGAGUCUCCCUGAGAGCCGCAGGGCCAAGGCCAAGGAGCUGGAGGAACACCGAGUCAGAGAGGAGUACCUUCAGCAUGAGAAAUGUCGCUACGAGGCCUAUAUCCAGAUGCUGGAGGUCUGGAAGGGUUUGAACCAGUCAGUCGACACUGAGGUGGGAACCAGCGAGCUUAGCCUGUUUGACAGAGCUGUGUGUAAGGAUACAGUGGAUGAAGAGGGAGAGGAGGGAACCCUGAAGAAGUCCCACUCCAGCCCCUCCCUGGAUCUGGAGAUGGCCUCGCCCCACGUGGUCAAAGUCAAACGCAACAUCUCCGAAAGACGGACCUAUCGCAAGAUCGUCAUACCUCGACGCAACCGGGACAUAUGAGAAAAGGUGCCCAAAAGGGAUUAAAAUAUGACUCUUACAUGAGUUUUUAAAUGGCUCUUUUUAGGACAUAGACACAAUGUGUUACUUCUAAGCACUGUCCUUUUAGUUUUCAUUUUCGGCAAGAAGGCAAAAGUCAUCAAAAUAGAAUGAAUCAAUCUCAGGGAACUUGUCUUUGUUACAUUUGCUUUACAUAAAAGUAUUUAAUUAA